GCUGGGCUCCCGAGCGGGGUUUGGAGAGAUGCGAACUGCAUCCGGAGCGCGACUUCGCCUAUUGUCUGGGUUACGGAGUUGGCCUAGGGGACCGCGCAGCCUCGCGUUCAGCCCUAGCGCGGCUGCGGUCUGAAGGGAGCGAAGCUCCCUGCCGGGCACAGGCGGUUUUCUGUAUGCCCGGGAGCAGCUGCUCGGAUCCAUGGAUCGUAGCUCGAAGAGGAGGCAGGUGAAGCCUUUGGCAGCUUCCCUGCUGGAAGCUUUAGAUUAUGACAGUUCAGAUGACAGUGACUUUAAGGUUGGAGAUGCUUCAGAUUCUGAAGGCAGUGGACAUGGCAGUGAAGAUGGAUCAAAGGAUAGCGGAGAAGGUUCCUGUAGUGAAUCAGAAGAAAAUAUAUUGGAGGAAGAGCUGGCAGAAGAAGAUGAAGAAGAAGGGAAAAAAACAGAAGAAGAACCUAAAAAUUCAGGUGGAGAAGAGCUGCCAAUAACAGAGAAAGAUAUUAUUAAAAGUGAGAAAAAAGAGGAGGAAGAGGAGGAGGAGGAUAGAGAAGGAGAAGAGAAGGCAAGAAAGAAAAAGGAGAAAGAAAAAGAGAGAGAGAAACCACAUGAAGGAGAUACUGGUGUUGAUGAGCAAACAAAUGAGCCCAAAAAGUGGAACUUGAGAAGAAAUCGCCCUCUGUUAGAUUUUGUAUCCAUGGAGGAACUAAAUGAUAUAGAUGACUAUGACAGUGAAGAUGACAAUGAUUGGCGCCCAACUGCAGGGAAAAAGAAAGGGAAAAACACAUUACGCAGAGAAGGAAGUGAUGGUGACAAUGAGGAUGAUGAAGAUGAUGGGAGUGGAAGUGAUGAGGAUGACAAUGAAGAGGAAGGCAAUGAUGAUGAAGAUAGCAGUGGUGCUAGUGAUGGUGAAUCCAAGAAGAAAAAAAACAAAGCCCUUAGCAGAAAUAGUGUUGAGGAGGAGGAGCUGACAAAUGACAGCCUGGCUCUUUCACAAAGCAAGAGCAAUGAGGACUCGCUGAUUCUUGAAAAAUCUCAAAACUGGAGCUCCCAGAAAAUGGACCAUAUUAUGAUUUGUUGUGUUUGCCUUGGGGAUAAUAGUGAAGAUGCUGAUGAAAUAAUCCAGUGUGACAAUUGUGGAAUAACAGUACAUGAAGGUUGUUACGGUGUUGAUGGUGAAAGUGAUUCUAUUAUGAGCUCUGCUUCAGAAAAUUCCACUGAACCAUGGUUCUGUGAUGCUUGCAAAUGUGGUGUCUCUCCAAGCUGUGAACUUUGUCCCAAUCAAGACGGAAUCUUCAAGGAGACAGAUGCUGGCAGUUUUCUCUUUUGUUAUAGAUGGGUCCACAUUGUUUGUGCACUCUAUGUUCCCGGAGUGGCAUUUGGAGAUAUUGACAAAUUGCGACCAGUAACACUUACAGAAAUGAACUAUUCCAAGUAUGGUGCUAAGGAAUGUAGCUUCUGUGAAGAUCCUCGUUUUGCCAGAACUGGUGUUUGCAUUAGCUGUGAUGCUGGGAUGUGUCGAGCUUAUUUCCAUGUGACUUGUGCUCAGAAAGAAGGCCUGUUGUCAGAAGCUGCAGCAGAGGAGGAUAUUGCAGAUCCUUUCUUUGCUUACUGUAAACAACAUGCAGACAGAAUGGAUAGGAAAUGGAAGCGUAAGAACUAUUUGGCUUUGCAGUCAUACUGCAAAAUGUCUUUGCAAGAGAGAGAAAAACAACUUUCACCCGAAGCUCAGGCACGAAUUAAUGCCAGACUUCAGCAGUACCGUGCUAAAGCAGAACUAGCACGCACCACGAGACCACAGGCAUGGAUUCCAAGAGAGAAACUGCCACGGCCGCUCACUAGCAGUGCUUCAGCAAUACGUAAGCUCAUGCGCAAAGCUGAAUUAAUGGGCAUUAGUACAGACAUCUUUCCAGUUGACACUUCAGACACCAGUUCCAGUGUGGAUGGAAGACGAAAGCAUAAACAGCCAGCGUUGACUGCUGAUUUUGUGAAUUAUUAUCUUGAGAGGAACAUGCGCAUGAUCCAGAUUCAGGAGAAUAUGGCAGAACAGAAGACAAUUAAGGAUAAGCUGGAGAAUGAACAGGAAAAGCUUCAUGUAGAAUACAACAAGUUGUGUGAAUCUUUAGAAGAACUUCAGAAUAUGAAUGCAAAACUGCGAAAUGAAGGACAAGGAAUGUGGGCUCUCCUAGGAAGAAUAAUUGGACAGAAACUGAAUAUACCAGCAAUUUUGCGAGCACCCAAGGAGAGAAAGCCCAGUAAAAAAGAAGGUGGAACACAUAAGACUACAACCCUUCCAGCAGUACUUUAUAGUUGUGGGAUUUGCAAGAAGAACCAUGAUCAGCAUCUCCUUUUGCUGUGUGAUACUUGUAAACUCCAUUAUCAUCUUGGAUGUCUGGAUCCUCCACUUUCAAGGAUGCCAAGGAAGACUAAAAACAGUUACUGGCAGUGUUCAGAAUGUGACCAAGCAGGUAGCAGUGACAUGGAAGCAGACAUUGCCAUGGAAACUUUACCAGAUGGAACUAAGCGAUCAAGGAGGCAGAUUAAGGAGCCAGUAAAAUUUGUUCCACAGGAUGUACCCCCAGAACCAAAGAAGAUUCCUAUCAGAAACACGAGAACUAGAGGACGAAAACGAAGCUAUCUUCCGGAAGAAGAAAAACCUGAGGAACGGAUUCCAAGAGAAAGAAGGCAAAGACAGUCUGUAGUACAAAAGAAGCCCAAGUCUGAGGAUUUAAGAACAGAAUGCGCUACAUGUAAGGGAACUGGAGACAAUGAAAAUCUAGUCAGGUGUGAUGAAUGCAGAUUAUGCUAUCAUUUUGGUUGUUUGGACCCUCCCUUGAAAAAAUCUCCAAAACAAACUGGCUAUGGAUGGAUUUGUCAAGAAUGUGAUUCUUCAUCAUCCAAAGGUGAAGUGGAUGGAAUGAAAAACAAGUAUCAGUGUUAUGAGAGUAACUAACUUGCCAUCUAUUGGGAGACAGACUUUGCCAAGUAUGGUACUUCCAGGAAAUUCAUAAUUUGUGUCACUGACAGCAUACAUGUUUGAAGGAUGGAAGAAGACAAAGAGGAUUCACUAUCCCUUUCUUGUACUCAACAAUAGAGAAGAUUAGUCAAGGAAAUGGAAGUACCAGGAACAUUAAGGAGAAAUGCCGAUGUAGUUAAGAAUUCCUGAUUGUGAUAGAUACUAAAGCUGAAUGUAGUCAGAGCUGUAUAUAGUCUUAAAAGAAAGCAUACCUGACAAAUGCAGAGCAAUAAUAAGUAGGAUUCCAUAGUGGAAGAAACAAAUGGAAAAAGGAGCCCAAGACUGAUGGAAUUUCCAAAA